AAUGCAAACACAGCCAGGAAUACUAGAUUUAUCAGCCUAUAAUUUACCAAAAAGUGAUUCUCUUUCAUUAAGAAUACAAGAAAACUUUUCUCUUUAUGGUGUGAGAUAUACUUAAUUGGUCAUGGUGGCAAUUGCAAUCGGAGGGUAUACUAAAAUUAGAUUUUAGGCUCACUAACUUUGCAGUUUUGCUGAUUCUAUUUCUUAGUUAUUUAGGGUAUAAUUGUGUUAUUAAAAUGAAGAUGGGCAUAUAUUAUGAAAUAAAGUUCGAUUUUAGAUUACUUACCUGAUUUAGGGUUAAUCAAUACUCAAGACAAAAAAAUGAUACUUUUACUUCUAUGUAAUAUGAAUAACAUUAAAUUUAGUUAAUAUUUUACUAAUUUUGGCUAUUUCAGGUCCUAAUAUAUUGAGUUAUGUUGGUCUUGGAUGUUUAAUUGUAAUAGUGCAUGCAUCAUUAUGGAAAAGUCCCUCAACUUUACCUGGAUAAGAUAUUUAAUCAGAGUUCGACAAAGUUUUAAUGUAAAAUGAUGUUGAAUUAAUUAAUCAUUGA